GCCCUCCUCUGUGGAUGGAGGGAGCUCUAUUAAGCAAUGACAAGGAAGACGAGGGCAAUGGAGGCACAAAGAACAACAAUCCUGGAGUAGCAAUAGUCCUAGGCUCCCCAUUCUGCCGCAAGGUGGGUGCCAGGACAGCCUGACAAAAAGCAAGCUUUCUCUCUUUGGAAGCUUGUCCAGCUGAAGGAAUCUACUAGGUCUGAGUUAGGAAAAGGCCUUCCUUCCGUUCGGUUAGAGAGCAGUGGAGCAUUUUGGGCAAGAACCACACAGCACAGCCUGAGGAAAGAUAUGCUCAGUUCAGAUCUACAUUGCCACCGUUUCAGACAAUUCUGCUAUGAGGCAGUAGAAGGGCCCAGGAAAGUUUGCAGCCAACUCCACAAUCUGUGCUGCCAGUGGCUCAAACCAGAAAGGCAUACCAAGACUGAGAUGCUGGAUCUGGUGGUCCUGGAACAAUUCUUGGCUGUCCUUCCCUCAGAGAUGGAGAACUGGAUCAGAGAGUGUGGAGCAGAAACAUGUUCCCAGGCAGUGGCCCUGGCGGAGGGUUUCCUUCUGAGUCAGGCAGAGGAGAAGAAGCAGAAAAAGCAGCAGGCCUUGAUUAUGAAAGGAAUAGCUGAGGCAGAGAAGGAUCCAUCUGAAAACAAAUGUAUCCUGCUGAAUAGGGACAGAGUCUCCACCUCUUUAGAAGGUGGAACAAGAGCAUGGACAGUGCAGACUAGCUCCUCUCAUGAUAGUGAUACUACUCUUCAUGCAGCUUCAGUGAGGCUGGGUCAGGUGAGCUUCGAAGAGGUGGCUGUAUUUUUCACUGAAGAGGAGUGUGCUUUCCUGGACCAAGGACGAUGGGCCCUGCAUAGGAAAGUGAUGGAGGAGAAUUUGGGGCUUGUGUCCUCCCUGGAUAUUGAGGAGAUACUGUGUAACAAUGAAGAGGAACCAUGCAGAGUGUUGUCCAUAGCAGCCAACUGUAAACAGAUGAACGACAAUGGAAGGAACACUGACUCUCAAGGGAAGAAGAAGAAGAAACCAUAUUUUUCUAAGGCUGAGGAGCUCUGUGGAAUCUCAGUCCAAGAAAUGACAAAUGAAAGAAAGAAAAGUAAUAGUUAUAUCUGCCUUCUAUGUGGAAGAGGUUUCUGUUUGAAAGCAAACCUUGACUAUCAUGUGAGAACUCAUAACGGUGUGAUUUCGUUCAGUGGUGAUGAGUGUGAAAAGAUCCUCAGUGUAAAGAAAGCUCUGAACUCCCAUCAGAAAAGUUACAUGACUGAGAAAUCAUUUCGGUGCUUGGAGUGUGGAAAGAGUUUCAGUCAGAAACAAAACCUCACUCGUCAUCAGGGAUGCCAUACAGGGGAGAAGCCGUUUCAGUGCUUAGAGUGUGGAAAGAGCUUCAACUGGAAGACAGCCCUCACUACUCAUCAAAGAAGUCACACAGGAGAGAAGCCAUUUCAGUGCUUGGAGUGUGGAAAGAGUUUCAGUCAGAAGCAAAACUUCAAUCGCCAUCAAGGACGUCAUACAGGAGAGAAGCCGUUUCAGUGCUUAGAGUGUGGAAAGAGGUUUGUUAAGAAGAUAGCACUAACGUAUCAUCAAAGAAGUCAUACAGGAGAGAAGCCUUUUCAGUGCUUGGAGUGUGAAAAGAGGUUCAGGCAGAAGUCAAGCCUCACUGUGCAUCAAAGAAGUCAUACAGGAGAGAAGCCAUUUCAGUGCUUGGAAUGUGGAAAGAGAUUCAGUCAGAAGCAAAAUCUCAUUGCUCAUCAAAGAAAUCAUAUAGAUGAAAAGCCAUUUCAGUGCUUGGAAUGUGGGAAAGGGUUCAGUCAGAAAAUAGCACUAACGUUUCAUGAAAGAAGUCAUACGGGAGAGAAGCCAUUUCAGUGCUUGGAGUGUGGAAAGAGCUUCAUUCGGAAGACAGACCUCAGUUGCCACCAAAGAAGUCAUACUGGAGAGAAGCCAUUUUCAUGCUUAGAGUGUGGAAAGAGAUUUAGUCGGAAAUAUAUCCUCACUACCCAUCAAAAACAUCAUACGAGGGAAAAGCAUUUCAGUGCUUAAGAGUGAGGAUGAAGAGGAACCAUUCCUAAACACCCUUUGAGAUCAGCUGCAUUCCAUGUUGGGGAUGUGGAAAGACGCGAUGUGUCCGCCACAACCACCUGCAGAGUUGAACCACGUCGACAGGACGCCAGGAAGAAGGAAUCUGUAAAGAAUCUUAGUUACAUAGGCAGACUUCCUCUCACACAGGAAUGAAUCUCUGGACAACGAGGUUUCCCUCAAGAAAAGGGUUCUUUAAUCUUUGUUACAUAACUAUUUACAAAUAUUACAUUGAUUAUCAGACAUCUGUCUUGGAUACUCAUCAAGUUACUCCACCAACCAACCGACUUUAAUCUUCGUUUGCAAUAUUUAAAAUAUAUAUAUACACAGUGUAUUGGACAACCGUCUCUAAUACACACUAUUUACACCAACCAACAAUAAUAACACAACCUCUGAGGCAGCCACAUUAACACCAACAAUCUCACUGUCCCUCAGUGACAGUUGAGAACGACAGUUGACAGUUGCAUCAACAUUCCAGUGACGCACUGUUUGAAUACUGACACAUUUAACUGUUACUAGAGCUGUAAAGUGAUCAGGCAGACCCAGUUCCACCAGGGAUAGCCUGAAGGAAGAGGCUCCUCCCUCCUUAACUGUCAUCUUCUAGCCUCCUAUUCCGCUCCAGCUAUGCUCUGACUGUGUGGG